AUGUCAACACUUCACAGACGAACAUAUAUUGUAGUGGACGAAGCCCACCUGGUUCCACAGUGGGGGGAGGAAUUUAGACCCAUGUUUAAAAAUAUUUGCAACGUAAGAUCCAUAGACUCAAACCUCAUCUCUGUCCUAGCAUUAACAGCCACUGCUUCUGUAAAACUUCAAAAAACAAUUGUUUCACAGCUUACUAUGAGAAAGCCUGUAUUUCUUAGAUCAUUACCUAUUCUUAAUGGCAACAUAAAGAUAAUUAUUCGAGAACGCCCUCCAUCAACUGGGGGCAAUAACAAAGUAGAGUUUGCAUAUGACUACAUUUACAAACCGGUUUUUCUUGAUCUUCUAAUGAAUGCAGAUUCUUUCCCUCUUACAAUAAUAUAUUCCAAGUUAAAAUGGUGUGCCUACAGUUAUGACCUUGCAAAACGCAUAUUGAAAGAUGACAUGUAUCUGGGUACUCCUUGUCCAGAAAACAGCCGUGUUGUACAGUACCACUCAACACAACCUGAAAAUGUAAAUUCACAAAUCAUUGAGGAGUUAAAGAACAAUGACAGAGUGAAAGUUGUCUUGGCCACCAUUGCGCUUGGAAUGGGAGCUGACCUGCAAAAUGUGAAACGCAUUAUUCAUGCUGGACCGCCAACCAGUCCAGAAGUGUAUGUACAAGAGGUUGGACGUGCUGGAAGAGAUGGUCAAGCAGCAGAAGCUGUUUUAUACUUCAAUAACUCUGAUCUUGCAGAGAAACCUGUCGAAAAAGGCAUGAUCGAGUUUGUUCGGUUAAAGUCAUGCAGGAGACAGUACCUAUCUACAUACUUUGAUGCACCCAUUGAAAGUGUCAAUAACUGUUGUGAUGUGUGUAGCAAUGACAGAUCAAAUAUCCGUGGUUUUAAGGUUCCCUCACUGGAACAAAGACAUCAUGUGAGACUCUCUCUUCAAACAUAUGUAAAUGAUGACUCUUCAGGAGAGUUAGCAUUUCUUUUGUCUGAGGAAAAGCUUCAGACAAUUGUUCAUUGUUUUGAGUACAUCAGAGAUGAGACAUCUCUUUCAUCAUUGUUAAAUGCAAAUGUACCCGAGGCGGUUUCUAAUUCUCUUUUUUCUAUCUUAUCAUUGUUUCAAAAUUCUUAAACUUAUUCUGUUCGACAUUGAUGGAUUGAUAUAUUGUGACUUUUAAUACCAAUGUCAGUUCUACUUUUUUGUAAUUCCACGGACUUAAUAAUAAUUUCAGGUUUUGAUAAUACAUGUAUACUUACUUAAUAGUGCACUUGCAACAUCAGUCUCAUCAACUGAUUAGCAAAUUCCGGAAUUCAUGCAUUUUAAAAAGUUUCAAUAUGCGUAAAUUUUGCUUUCAUCACAAGUACUUGAUUGGUGUACAAUAAGCAGUGUGAAAGGUGCUAAAAUAUGAUUACUGCUAAAUAAAAUAUGA